CUGACAUAAGCAAGAAAGCACGAAAAAUAAUUUGACUUGCAUUCAUUCGAAGAGGCAAAAGAGCUUCUUCUGAUCACCAUCACCGCAUAUACACACACAAGACAAAAUGGAUCUUUCAUCAUUCUCAAAUCUGAAGAGUGGCUCACCACAAGAGCGCAAAGAAGCUCUUAAACAGCAAAUCACAUCAGAGAUCGCAAUGCAAAAUGCACAACAAUUGAUCACAAAAGCAACGGAAAAAUGUUAUGCAAAAUGCGUUACUUCUCCUUCAACUUCUUUAUCAGGAAAAGAAGAGAAAUGCUUGGGACAAUGCCUUGAACGGUAUUUUGAAGCUUUCAAUGUGGUCAGCGGAGCAUAUGUCAAACGUGUUGCCGAACAACGUGGUACGACUGUCCCUGCUGAUAUGGGCAUCUAAGGUUAGCAAACAAUUUGUGUAAUUUGUAUCAACAUUCAUGAUCGUCUUUUUGAUCAACAACAAAAUCUCGUCUUUGCACACAUAAUUCAUCACCAUUCUUAUAAAGUUAAACUUCGGCUUGAUGCGGAUCCGGGUCAUGGCUUGACAAGGUUGAUGAAAUUACAUGCGUGAAGAUAAACGGCGCCGAAGUUUGAUUUGAAGCUAAAAGCAGUGCUACCAAACGCCCUUCCUUUUGCCCACGAUUGGUAAGUCAGAGAGAAAGAAUAUGUGAAAGAUACUUUCAUGUUAUUCAUGACACCGAAGCAGGU